UUUUUAGAGGAGUUUGGAGUCUGUUGGUUUAUUUCCUUUUCCUAUAGAAACAGGAAAAAAUCAGAAGGCUACUUCUAGCCCCUCUAUGGCUUAUGCUAUUAGAGAUCAAGAAGACUGUUGGCAGCCCAGUUCCUUGGAGGCAUAAGAACAGCAUCAAGGCAGGGCUUGGAGCACAGCUUGAGUGUUUGUUGUCCCUUGACACGUGGCCUCUGGGCUGAGCUGGUGACAGGCUCCUGCUCCCAGCCCAGCCAGGUCACUGACCGGGCAGGAAGGGUUGAUGUGAGCUCAGCAGCUUCUCACAGAGCAGAUGUGCUAUCUUAGGAAUGUUGCUGUCUGUGACUUGUCUGCAAGUUGCAGUAGUACAUGCCCCUUUUGUCAGCUUUGCGCACCAUCUGCACUCAGUUCCUCUUUGCCUGCUGCUUGCCAUCUAAGGGAGUGGGGGACAAAGUUUCACAGUGAGUAAACAAAGGUGAUAAGAGGGAGUGGGUCCUUUUCUUCUGCGAGCCAACAGGAGGGGCCUUGGUGGCUCUCCCACAUUCAGUUCAGUGCCUGUCUGGUGGCUGCUGCAGGACUGAGCUGAUGCAAGAGCACGUGCUAAGGUCAUCCUGGUCAUUAGCUCCUUCGAGAGGCAAAAGGAGAGCAAACCUCCCCAAGGGGAGAGCAGGUGUCAGAUGUUAGAAGCAAGUAAGCUUCAGUAGGGAGGAAGAAGGAAUGUAACCUCUGCAGGGCUCCAGCUGGUAGCUUCAUUAGUUAGCUAGGUUUUACUGUGAUAGGAGAAAGGGCAAUCUGUUCCUGGGCUCAGGGGGCUUUCUUGCAGCCUCCACUGCUCCCUGACAGGUGUGCAUACGGAGGAGUCCUCAGAUAAUACAGACCUGAGGUCUGAUCCACAAAAUCAGCUCCCACACUCAGUGUGAACUUGGCCUCUUGUUUGUGUGUGGUGUGAGGUUCAGUGCAAGUUGGUGGAGUGGAACUAAUGCAGUGAAGAGGCAAGUCCUGACACUUGGAGUAAGAGCUUUAGCAAGGAGGCUGCCAAAGAGCAUAAGUGCCAGCCAGUCUGUUGUUAACUGUGUAACUAUGUAAUUUUAGUUCCCUGCUGAAGCCAUGUAUUGUGGUGCAUAGCCUGACUUGUUUGUGCAGUCAGCCCAAGUGUGCUGAACUCUUUUCCAGACUGUGAAAUACCUGUGUUCAGCAUAUGUCGUCCCUCUUGCAGUAGGCAGGGGUCCCCUCAGGGAUUGAACUUGCUGAAACAACAUCAGUUGGAUGACAAAGAGGAUGACAGAGCUCAGGAGGAACAGGUAAAAUGCACACAGCUCAACAGUAGCAUUUUGUCCUGCAGCAGCAGGUGAGCAGGCAUCUUGAAGGCAGGUUUACAGAUGCAGUAAAACUGCUGAAAGACUCCAAAACAACUGCAAAGGAGUGGUUGUAGUCACCCGGAUUGGAGUGUGUAUUAAUAAACGGACUAGAGAGGGUUAUUGCUUGCAGAUGACUUCAGUGCAUACUCACUUUAGGGAAAGAAAAUUCUAAUAAGUGCUCAUAUAGAGGGUAACAUUAACAAAAUAGCACGUGCUACUUUUGUUCACGUGCUGUUAUUGCAGAAUCAUGGUUGUGCUGAGAGCCUGGAAGAAGCAGCACUGCUGCCCAAGGAAAUGCUCUCUGUGGGAGCUUUACUGCAGGGCAUGCUCGUGUGCUGAGAGGGAGCACAUUUGCACUCCUGACUCUUUCAUGUCCUGAGUGCUGUGUUGAAAUUGUUGUUUCUACAGAAAUUCUCCAAAGCAGAUGUGGUGGCCAGUGAAGAACAAACAUCUUGAGCCUCAUGGUGGUUUUAACAACUUCCUCACCUCUUUUUAAAAUUCUCUGCAGCUGAUUCAUACUAAUUCUGUUGUCCUGAGCUAUCAGAGCACAACAAAGAUCUCUUCUGUAGCUCCAGAAUGACCAGUCGUGAACCCGUUGUAUUUUCAUACUUGCUACUUUCGUGCCAGGCCAGAAGAUGUCCUGUGCCAGGAGCUGUGCUGUAUCAACUGCCUUCUGGGCUGCCAUUAGGAUCAUUCAUGCCGUCCUGGAGAAGUAUGGGACCUAUGAGAGCUUCGAAGUUGCCACUGGUGGGAGACUGCUGAGCAAGUGCCAGAUCUGGUCUGUUAUCCGAAAGUACAUGCAGAAGGAAGGCUGCGCAGGGGAGGUAGUGGUGCAGCUCACAGAUGAUCUCCUGUCGCAGGCCGUGAUGAUGGUGGAGGACAGCCGGCCAACGCUGGCCAUCAACCUGUCUGGAGCCCGGCAGUUCUGGCUGGAGGGCAUGCUGCGCCAUGAGAUAGGCACCCACUACAUCCGUGGGGUGAACAACACCCGCCAGCCCUGGCACAGCUCAGAGGGCCGCAAGCAGUACAGCCUGAAGCCUGCCAACCCCACAGAGGAAGGUUUGGCCAGCCUGCACAGUGUCCUCUUCCGCAAGCAGCCCUUCCUCUGGCGUGCAGCUUUGCUCUACUACACCAUUGAGCGGGCCAGCCGCCUCUCCUUCUCCGCGCUCUUCCAGGACCUGGAGCAGUACGUCCAGGAUGCUGGCAUCCGGUGGGAGUACUGUGUGCGGGCCAAGCGGGGCCAGACUGACACCUCACAGCCAGGCUGCUUCAGUAAGGACCAGGUGUACCUGGAUGGGAUUCUCCGCAUCCUGCGACAUCGGCAGACAAUCGACUUCCCAUUGCUGGCUGCUCUUGGAAAGGUCUCCUAUGAAGAUGUGAACCGCCUGAAGAAAUUUGGCGUCCUGGAGAAGGCUCGCAUCCCCCAUUUCAUGCAGGACCUGGAGCGGUACAUGAAGCAGCUCGACCACAUUGUCACCACCAACCAGCUGGAUGAACAGGAGCUGGAGGAGCUGCUGCCUGAGUGAGCAGCACUGUGCACCCCACGGCUGCCCCACGUGCCUCAGUGCAUCCUGCCAGCACUCAGCUGAUGCUGGCUCUAUUUAUUCAGUAUUUAUUGGGGCUGUCAGGCCGGUUUUUGCCUGAAGGAGAUGGCACAGCUCGGGCUUUUGCCCAGGAGGCUGAUGUGCAUGUACUGCUGUGCAGGGUAGCACAGCUGAGAUGGUCAGUGUGGUUGUUGUUGAUUUCGCCCCUGCCCAGGUCCGUGCAUUUUGGGGAACGCUGCUACUCCGCGUGGUUUUGGGGAAAUGAGGGUUUGGAGGGAGCAAGGGCAGAGCCUAGGAGCUGCACCAGUCCUGCAACAGUGCAGGAGGCUGUGCUGGGCUGGUUGCAAUGGGGAAAGCAUGGCAGGAUCCUCAAGGUUCCAAGUGGUGCUCUCCUCAUGUCCUCCCUGAGGGGCAGGAGGGACUUCAGUCCUCCCAAAGAACGACCUCUGCUCUCCCUGCUUCUAGAUACCUGCCCUGUCAUUGCAGACCGUGCAGACCUACAAGUAAACAUGACUGCACCCCAAAUACGUGCUCUGCCAGGCAUCAAGGCACAAAGGACUCGGGGUAGGGAUCUGGCUUGAUGUUACGAAAAAAAGUGUAAUAAAACCCAUGUAAUGGAAACUAAGUGUGGACCAAACCUUAUGGACAGCAUCAAGUGCAAAAGCCAGGCUGGUGCCACUGGCACUAACCACACAGCUCACUCACAUGGGCAAAGCUGCAUGCUGCUGAGCUGGUGCAUCAGGAAGGGGUCACCAGUGUGCAAAACCACCUAGUGAGCAGGAACAAGAAGAAUAAAUUAAAGUAGGCAACAGCAGGUGUUGCCUUGAGCUGUGUGUGGUUUCUAACAUGGAAUCUCUGCCACAGUCACAGCACCUCAGCUAUGCUAUCUGUGGGGGAGCUUUUACAAAACAAAAAGAUUUGCUUUUCAAUUCUGUUGGAACCUUUCAUCUGACUGAGCUCUCCUAAGGGUAGCACAGGCCAAUUUGAGCCCAGGCUAAAUCCCAAAUGCUCUACGUUGGGCUGCACAUGCAGUUUGUAGCUCCUCCAGUUGCUGCAGGCCCAACAGAACUCACAGGGCAGCUGAAGCCCCUGCAGACUGGUUGCUGGCAACAGGCAGCACAGCACAGAGCAACCUAGGGAAGGGAUGAGAUGACUCAGCCUGG